AUGGGUGGAAUAGACUGUGGCAUCUUAAAGUUGCCCUGCGGGUUAAAUAUUUUUGUAUGGCUUUUAUUACACAAUGCUGUUAAAACUAAUGAAUACCAUUAUAGAUUGAACUUGGGUCCUCAAUCCCCUUGCUCGUUUUGCGGGUUGAAUAAUGAGAAUGUGGAGCAUCUGUUUCUCAGUUGCUGGAAGUCCCAAAUGGUUUGGAAUUUAGUUUCUUCAGCCUAUGGCAAAGCUAUUAAUCUUUCUCAGGGGAUUGCAUCAGGGUUCUGGUUGCAACAAGAAGUGUCUGGUAAUGAUUUAUUUGCUCAGUCUUUGAUUGCAUCUACACUGUGGUUUCUUUGGAAGGCCAGAUGUAACAAGGUUUUCAACAAUGAUCAGCUGGUCUAUUCUAAGGUCUCUCAAAUGGCAGUUGGUUAUGUCAGGGAGUUUUUCUAUGCCCCUUCACCAAAUUUAAGCAAGAAUUUCAUCUUAUAUAAUUUUCAGUUUGCUGAUAGCCCAAUUUUGUUUACUGAUGCAAUAUUUAAUGAUGAUACCUCUAUGGCAGGGCUUAGUUUUAUUUUUUCAGAUUUUAAAGCUAACAUUAUAUGUGCUGGUAGUAGUCGAUCUCAUGUGUCCUCAUAUGUUGAGGCAGCAGCUAGCUCUCUUUGCUUUGCUUUACAGAAUGAGGCCAACGGAGUUAGGAAUGUCAAGACAAUAUUGUGUCCUUGUGCUGAGCUUGUUCGAGUGGUGCAGACUGGUGAUUGUAUGGAUGACUGGCGUCUGAACCUGCAAAUCGAAGUCAUCAAGGGAAUUAUGGACACCUUGCUGGUUCCAAAGAUUCUUUUUGUUCCUUCGGAUUGGAAUCGGCCGGCUAGAUCUCUCGCCAUUCAUGGACUUAACCAUCACGAGAUCUCGUUGUUUCAUCAUGGCAGGGAACUCCCCAGGUGGCUGAUGAAGACUUUUAAUUUGAGUGGUUUAUCCUUUUAG